UUUCUAAGGAAAAAAAACUACAAGGUUGUUAUAGAAGCGAUUCCUAAUUUGAUCGAAGGCUGCAUCAACGGAUCGGGAGGAAUACUGCGCCCACGUCAGGUGAAUCAAAAUAAAUGAUUACUACAUCUACUGGCUCCUUAAAACACUAAAAGUGUUGGAGCAUAGUAAUUAAGGCACAACAUGAUUGGGGAUUCUAUGUACAUCAAGGAAGAAACAGAUGAACAAUUUGGAACAAAACGUCGAAGAGUUAGCAUAACAAAUGAUAAGAAUGAAAUAUGCAUUAAAGAAGAGGAAGAAGUAGAAAUUAAGGAAGAAAACAACUUGUUUGAAGAUGAAGAAAAUUCUCCAAGGACCAUCCUUGGUUUGAAAAAUGAGAAUGAUGUUGAUUAUACUAAUAUAGAUCUCCCAGGAAAGACAUCUACAGGGUUGAUUUCCCCAGGGAAAGAAGAAGCAGCUGACAAGAAAUUAUCUGGUAAACACUUAAAAAGUCAAACAAAGCAUGUGAUACUGAACAUUUACAAUUAUUUCCGGAGCCAAGACAAAGAAGCAAGUGAAACAGAUAUAAACAAGAAAACUGCCAUUGCUUCUGGAAUUUCUCUGCAGACCCUUAACAGAAUAAGACAAGAUGACAAAGGAGUUGUAAAAUCCCCACCUCCAAAGAUAGGGGUUUCACCAUGGCUGCCUGUUGUUGAUGACUAUGCCAGAUCUCUUAUUCGUCGAGAGAUACUUUCAUUCUAUGAGAGGAGUAAAUUCCCAUCAUUGGAAGCAAUGUCCAUAAGAGUAAAAGAGCCACCUCUGAAUCUGACUUGUUCUUGGGCAACGCUUAAUAAGCUCGUGAAACAAAUUGGGUUUCGUAAGAGGAAGUUAGAAAAUGGCAGGCCUGUUUUGAUGGAGAAAGAUGACAUUAUUGCUGCAAGAAACCGGUAUUUAAGACUUAUAGGUGAAAUCAGGAAAUCUAGCAACCUAAAGCCAGAAAUAUAUAUUGGUGAAGUUUGUGUUUAUCCAAAUAGGUAUGUGGCAAAGUGUUGUACAGUAGAUGAUACAACUUUAGACCCUACACAGAAGUUGAAGAGACGUGUUAGAUUCACCAUUGUGUAUGCUGGUGGAAAAGAUGGAUUUAUUCCUGGUUCUUUUUUAAUUUUUAAAUCAGGGACCGCCCUUAAGGAGACCCAUGAAAGCAUGACACAUGAAUGUUUCCAGUCAUGGUUUCAGACACAGUUACUUCCCAAUAUUCCAGCCAAUUCAGUCAUAGUCAUGGAUAAUGCACCAUAUCACUCACAAUUUUCUAUUAAAAUGCCAGCACUUAAUUCCAACAAAAGUGAGAUACUGCAGUGGCUAGGAGAACACAACAUUGCUCAUGAAACAUCCCGUACAAAAUAUGAACUAAUAGAUCUUGUUAGAAAGACUAAAAGCAAGCUGGUACAUGUGAUUGACCAAAUGGCUCAUGAUGCUGGCCAUGAAGUGCUUAGAAUCCCUAUGUUUCAUUGCCACUUGAACCCUAUUGAACUGAUUUGGGCGCGGUUAAGAAGUAAAUUGGAGGAGAAUUCAAACACCUACAAGAGAAAGUGCAGGCCUGAGGAAAUAAAAUAUGCACUGGAAAGAAUAACUAAAGAAGAUUGGAAGAGGUGUCUGUAUCAUGCAAAACAAGUGGAAGAUGAAUACAGAAGGAAAGACGGAGUAUUUGAUUAUGUAAUGGAAAGGGUUAAUACAAGUGUGCAUGAUGAAAGUAGUGACUCAGAUAGUUCUGGAGAAUAAAUUGUGUACAUAGUGUAUUUGAAAUGUUCCAUGUCUUUUUAUUUUUUUUUAUAUUUACACACUAUUUGCUAUGGAUAUUUUCACCUUUCUUCUUCAACCUUAUGUUUGAAGAAUAUUUGGCAAAUAAACAAAUCCCCACCCCUUUAUUUUCAUACCUUCACCAAAGUUUGUGUACCAUUAAUAAAAUUACUGCAUUAGAGGUAACAUCACAGUCCUAUCAACAUCUCUGGUAAUACAUAUGUAUAUAU